AUGGAGAAAACGAAGUCAGCUCAUCACUACGAAGGUUAUCCAUUUCCGGGCAAGUAUACCGUGCUAUUUAAAUACUUCAAGUUUGAUCCCAAGCUGCGAACGACGAAGCGACAAACGGAUAUACCGUUGGUAAUAGUAAAUCCCAAUCCAGUGACAAAGGAAACCACUCCUGAAGAUGCUUCUAGUGACCGCAGUGAUAAUUUCGAGGAACGCAGUGAACAAUCUGCUGGUCAGCGGGAAGAUGAUAAAGGACAAAAUAAACAAAAAUAUCCUCCAAAAACACCUUGUCCAACCUGUGGAAAAGUGGUAAAGGAUCUCAAGUCACACAUGCUAGUUCAUACUGGCUCGAAGGACUUUCCGUGUAGUUUCUGUGGUAAAAAGUUUACCUACAAAAGUGACCGAGUGUUGCAUGAAAACAUCCACAAAGGCCUGAAACCGUACAAAUGCACCGAAUGUCCCAGUGCAUUUGCCCACAGGAAAUCAUUGCUGACGCACAAGGUUACUCACACAAAAUCCCGCAACUACAGAUGUAAGAUAUGCGGUAAAACUUACGGACAUCUGAUACUGCUGAAUAAGCAUUUAGCAGCUCAUAAGGAUGACCGACGAUUUAAGUGCUUCGUCUGUGAGAGGACAUUUUUAGCGAAACAAGUUCUCCAGAAGCACAUGCUAAUUCACAGUAAUGCCCGUCCCCAUGCAUGCCACCUAUGUUCGAAGCAAUUUCGCAGGCUAGACCAGUUGAACGCGCAUUUGAAAAUUCACGAACGUGAAAGCGACCAGCAAAAGCUAGAUGAGCAUGGAACUAAAGAACAUAGAAUUGUUGUGGCUGAUGAGGAUACCGUCUUCGUUGAUAUUGAUCAAACCGAUAGUCAACCGGGCAGUAGAGCGCUAUCGAUCCCGGAGUACUACCCGCCGCGGCCAGAACUCGAUCCCCUGCAAACUCCGGAAGUUUUCGGUUCGACAAAUCAGCCAUCCUAUGCGGCGGAAGAUAGCUACGGAGAUCAUCUGAACCGGCUGGUCGGUGGGGACAAUUACUCAUUACCGUGGGAUGGAGAUGGCUAUCAGUUCUAGAAAUGGUAACUCCUGUGAUACAACGUA